AUGGCUGCUCCACCGGCAAGGGCUAGAGCCGAUUACGAUUACCUCAUAAAGCUUCUGUUGAUCGGCGACAGCGGUGUUGGUAAGAGUUGCCUUCUUUUGCGCUUCUCAGAUGGUUCCUUCACAACUAGUUUCAUCACAACCAUUGGCAUUGAUUUCAAGAUAAGGACUAUUGAGCUUGAUGGAAAACGAAUUAAGCUCCAAAUUUGGGAUACAGCUGGUCAGGAGCGGUUCCGUACAAUCACCACUGCUUACUAUCGUGGAGCCAUGGGCAUUUUGCUGGUCUAUGAUGUUACCGAUGAAUCAUCUUUCAAUAACAUAAGGAAUUGGAUUCGCAACAUUGAACAGCAUGCAUCAGAUAACGUUAACAAAAUACUCGUAGGGAACAAGGCUGACAUGGACGAAAGCAAACGGGCUGUGCCUACGUCCAAGGGCCAAGCACUUGCUGACGAAUAUGGCAUCAAGUUCUUUGAAACUAGUGCAAAGACGAAUCUAAAUGUGGAGCAAGUUUUCUUUUCAAUAGCAAGAGACAUAAAGCAACGGCUUGCAGACACUGACACUAGGGCUGAGCCUACCACGAUCAAGAUCAACCAACCAGAUCAGGGAGCUGGGGCUGGUCAAGCUGCACAAAGAUCAGCUUGCUGUGGUUCUUAA